GAUAUCUUUCUACUUCUCUGAUAGAGUGGUGGGAGGUGAUAGUGCCGCAGAAGGAAGCGUUCCCUACAUGGUUGCUUUAGUUCACGGGCUGAUGGUAGCCACCUUUCAAUGUGGUGGUUCUCUCAUUACAAAGAGACAUGUUUUAUCAGCAGCACAUUGCUUUGACCGACUGUACACGGGCGGAGAGUUGACACCAACACUCCGUGUUAUAGUUGGCACGAAUAGGUGGAACGUUGGCGGCGAGGCAUACCGCGUACAACGUAACAUUACUCAUCCCAAGCACAUCUAUAUUCGGGAUCCAUUGAAUGUGGAAUACGAUAUUGGCUUAUUGGUAACUAGCACUGAAGUAGUAUUGUCAGAUAGAGUGAAAUUGGUGCCGGUUAGUCUGGAUCAUAUUGGACCGGGUGUGAGAGGUCGAGUUGCUGGAUGGGGACGGAUUUACCAUCAAGGACCUUUAUCUCCCAAUCUUCAAGAGUUGUAUGUAACAACGUUAGAAGAUGGGAGAUGUGAUAAAGAAUUACGCCAGGCUUCUGUCGACUCCGGUAUGAUACUACCAGAGUACGAUCCUGCGACUGAGUUUUGUGUCUUCCAUUCUAUUAAACAUGGCGUUUGUAAUGGUGACUCUGGCAGUGCUCUGGUACGAGUGGACACGGGUGAACAGUUUGGUAUCGUUUCAUGGGGAUUGCCCUGCGCACGCGGCGCUCCAGACGUAUUCGUGAGAAUUAGCGGGUUUAAGGACUGGCUCGAGGAGAAUUUGGUCUUGUAAUAUUUAUAAUUGGAUUGGAAAUAAAUGAAUUCCUGGCAAUAUCA